AUGAGGGGAUGCCUCACGUGUCGUCUGCGCCAUCUGAAAUGUGACAAAACCGGUUCGAAAUGUCUCCGCUGUCAAAGAUCGGGCCGCGAAUGUGUGCCGGCCCCCGGCAAAUCUGAAGAGAUCUCUUUCCGACAUGGCCAAAAUCCAUCUUUGCGCGGAAAAGGGCCCCCGAGAUAUGGCGAGAGUGAUCUUGCCUUCCCAGACAACCAGAUUUGGGUUGAGACGUCUUGCGAGGUCGACUUCAAAGAUGAAACGGAUCAGACGGCAGCAGAGUACUAUGUUGUGCCUAUAACAGGGCAGGUUUCAGCUUCACGAUCAUCUUCUGAAGAUCGUUCGACCCGCUCAUCCACGACAAUGGAUUCUUCUUUCACAACUCCAACCCUCACCAUUCCCUCAUACACCGCAGGAUCUCAACUUGGUUCGAGAUCAAAUUCAGUGAAUUCGUCACAUGUAGCUACGACGCCCAUCACCCAACCAAGGAUAUCCAACGUCACCGAGGCCUUUUUGUUGAGACAUUUUCAAAAGUACCUUGCCCCCUGGCUUGACGCAUGCGACCCUGGACGACACUUCUCGACGAAUGUUAUCGAGCGCGCGAUUCAAUCCCCAUUACUGCUCUAUGCAUGUCUAGCAGUUUCAGCAUGUCACCUCUCCCGAACCACAAAUACCAUCUCCGGAGAAGUCGCGCACGGAUACCAUGAGCGCUGCAUCUCCAUCAUGCUCCCGGUGCUCGACAAACCGGAAUUCGAAAUCGGUCUCGAUAUCCUCCUUUCCUCAACAGUAAUUUUACGAUUCUUCGAAUCAAUCUCCUCCCACAGUCCCCCAAACGACCCACAACACCAUCUCCUAGCCGGUUCAGUUUAUAUCAGCUCCCAUGUGGACUGUGCUAUCUCCGGUGGCCUGACAUCCGCUUCCUUCUGGGUCUUCGUCAUCCAAGACAUUCAGUUUGCGCUUACGUACCAGAAAUGUCUUCGGUUGACCUUUGCGCCUUUCGAUAACCACCUACGACACUGGUGGGUCGCCAAGCCUGUCUUAAGCGACGGAGACUGGACGAACCAGGCUAUCUGGUUAUUGGCUGAAACCGUGGAAGUCUGUUAUAAUAUUCCGGGCCGAAACGGUGAUGCUCGUCUCGGAAGUGUGGAGGAGACGGCGCUCAGGCACCAUAUUCUGGAGUGGGAGCUAGGGAGACCUGAUACUUUUGCCCCGUUGCAUGUUUCGGCGCCGGAUCCCGGCAGUGGGAAACCGUUUCCUGUUGCUUGGUAUACAAGCUUGUGGCAUGCUACUGCCAUUCAGCACAUCUAUCUCGCCAAGUCGUUGAUGUUAAUUCGGGAACUAGAGUUUUAUGAUCGGAAUGCGUUGCAUCUAGAGCAGCCCGUCAAGUUGAGGAGUGACCUCGCUGAGAAUCUCAACUUCAUGUUCGGAAUUGCCAUAUCUGCUGACGAUGAUCCCUCGCUACGUAUCACAGCCUGUCACGCGCUUUUUGUCUGUGGCUCAUGGAUCGAUGACCCUCUUGUUCAAAAUGCGCUGAUUGAUCUCCUUCGCCGCACAGAAAGGGAAAACGGCUGGCCGUGGGGAUAUGUGCAGCACCAGGCUUUGCAAGCGUGGAGGCCGAUGUAG